AUGCCACAGUACUUCAACGAGAUCCCAAGAGACCGCCAGGCCUGGCAAAACGCAACAGCUCGCGCUGGGGUGACCGAUAAAACCCUACGAGGUUGCCAGGACUUAGGGCCAGGGUCUCAAAUUACCGAGACACAAUUCCUUUUGUUUCGUACUAUCUGCCCUCCUUUGGUGGGCCCUCAACUGUUCAAUCCCGAUGCUAUGGGAUUGAAUAUCCAAGCAGCCCGUGUUAUCUUGAACUCGGUGACUGACUUCCAGAACUAUAUUAAUGUUGUCGGAACGAAUCAGUGGCAUGGCCUUGAGACGUUUCGCACUACGUUAAUCCAACAAUGGGAAGUUCUCCAAGGGGAUCUACAUAGACAGAAUCCGCUGAUAGCACAUGACGAGAAUAGCGUUAACAGCAGUCUCCUUUCUUUCCUGCAGGCCAUUGUCUCGUUUGAUCCCAACCGUCGCCGUAUGUGGCGAUCCAAACGAUUGCGUCUAACAGGGAACUUUGGCACAGUAGCCAGUGGCGGAAAGAUGGUAGAGCGAAAGUAUGUCGCCAUCACCGACGGUCAGCUACAGGAAAUCACAAAUUCUGCAAUAAGUUCGAUUGCGGAAUGCAAGGUAAGCGACCGUUAUAGCCAUUCUCCAGCUGUUGAUAUGCAGGAGGUGGCACAGGUUGUCGCAUGGGUCAAUCAGUACCCUGAUACCUCAAAUGCCACAACCUAUCGGCGGGAUCUCGUUUCGGCAGAUGGACGAGACAUCUUUAUCAGCUUCGCCGAAUAUGACAGCAAUUGGGCUUACUAUAUCCAAAGGUCUCGCGGAGUAGCGAAUGCCGGCUUAAUGAGAAUGAGAAGGUUCGGUCCUUGGAAGAUUGAUGAGCCCCAGGACAUGAGGCAGUUUGCCAAGAUUGCCCUUGCGGUUGCCAUGCGUCAAUAG